UUUUAACCAACCAGCGAAAAUCACCAACUAAGAAUCUCCAUUCUUAGAGAGAGAGAGAGAGAGAGAGAGAUCCUCCAAGAAAUGCGGACCAUACCGCUGGGAAUCUCAGUAUCCCCAGCCUCCAUAAACUGUCCUUCUCUCAAUCACAGAAAGCCUAUUCCUUUUUCUUCUUCUUCUUCAUCUCCAUCUUCAUCUUCAAGUAGGCUUUGUAACUCCACUGAUGACUUUCUCGUUUCUAUCGCCAAACCAGGCGUUUGCAGAGCCACUCAAGUGGUUGAUUUAUUUCCCUCUGUGUCUCCGGACAUUGUUGUCCGGGAGGCCAGGAUAGAGGACUGUUGGGAAGUAGCUGAGACUCACUGCAGCUGUUUCUUUCCUGAAUAUUCUUUCCCGUUAGACUUUGUGUUGAGGAUUGACAGGCUCGUAGCGAUGCUAGCAGGAUUUUCUCUACCAAGUGGCUGCAGAAGAACUUGUUUGGUUGCUGUAAUUGGUAGCUCAAUUCAUGAAACUGUACUCUUUGGAAGCGGAGAUUUCAAGAUCUUUGGUUUCAAUGGGAAAUUCAGUCUCAAUAGGGGAUAUGUGGCUGGAAUCUUGACAGUAGAUACUGUGGCUGAUUUUCUACCAAGAAAAGGCCCUCUUAGGCAGAGAAGGACCGGAAUUGCAUACAUAUCAAAUGUUGCUGUUAGGGAGAGAUUUCGACGGAAAGGAAUAGCUAAGAGGCUAAUAGCAAAAGCAGAAGCUCAAGCUUGGAGCUGGGGCUGCCGAGCUAUUGCAUUGCACUGUGAUUUGAACAAUCCUGGAGCCACAAAGUUGUACAAAAGCCUGGGUUUCAAAUGCAUUAAGGUGCCAGAAGGAGCUAAUUGGCCCCAGCCAAGGACCUCUCCUGAUGUUAAGUUCAACUUCAUGAUGAAGCUUCUCAACACCCCUAUCUCCGCUUAGAUUCUCUAGCAUGUGAAGAAUUUAAAUUAAUACGUAAUAUAUAUUUGAAAUUUGUGAAGGGAAAAGAAAAAAGGUGCUGUAGGUAAUUUAAGAUAGUUUGUAUAUAUAUAUGCAAAAGGACUAGCCACCUCUGGAGUGGCCUUGUCUUUA